AUGGGCGAGAGUCAGAUUCAAAUGGAGCUGAAUCUGAAGAACGGACCGCCGUGGGGCUUUCGGAUGGCCGCUCGCGAUAAUGGACAGGUCUUCGUUUCGCAGGUAAGAAAAACGCCUCAGGGAAAAAAAUUUAUGGGAAAAAGGAAAUGAAGCGAACACCUCUUUUAUUUUACUGAAUAAUUAUAUUUAGAGUGUGAUUUGAUGCAUUUUUAAAGCGUAGUCGUAAAUAAAUGCAAGUUCAUGGAAUUUGUCGCUCUUGGCAAUUAAUUCGAGAUUGUUUUGAGUGAAGUAAACCUGCAUCGUAUAAGGAGAAGUCUGCAGAAGAAAAUGGAUUUACAACUUUUCUUUUAUUGAAGGGAAUUGAAUUGCAUUGGCAGAGAAUAACACUGUCAAUUUACAAAAUUGAAGCAGUUUUGUCAUCAAAAAUUAACUUUUUUUACAAAAAAUAGGUUCCUAACUUUGCAAUUACUCUUUAUUUAAUGCCAGGUCCUUCUGAAUGGUUGUGCCGAUCAAGCCGGCCUCGAAGUUGGUGAUUUAAUCGAGAAGAUGGCCGGCUGUCCGAUGACUGAUCUGGAAAAGGCCCAUGGUGCUCUGCGAAACGCCUCAGGAACGCUUUGUUUGGCCAUUAAACGGUUCGUUUUUUGUAUUUUUUGUUUGUUCGCGUUUCCAAAAAUGACUUGUUUAUAAAGUGUUGCAAAAACAGGAAGAGUUCUGUGGAUUCUGUAGUAGAAAACAGCUGAAAAGUGAGGGAAUUGUUGGAAAAGAAGGGGAAGAUCCGGGGGAAAUUGAGUCAAGACCAAAUUUGAAUAUUUUUAGGGUCAAUUUGGGGAUUUAAAAAGGAAAAGGAGGAACUGGAAGGGCUUCAAAGUUAUGCCCCGAGGAAGUUUAAGGUUUAGAGAUGUUAGAUUUAAAUAAAGUCUUGUUUGUCUGUCAACUUUGACUAAUUUUUAUAUUGUUUUAGUGAAAACAACGACUCGGAUAUCAGCUUAAUCAACGAAAACGACCCUCCAAAGCCUCUGAAGCCGUUUGAAGGACAAACAGAAGGCCAGCGACUCCAACAUUACCCAUUUCAAGGGGCCUACCUUACCACAGACGGUUAUAAAAUAACUUCUGAGCUCAUCCAAAGCUCCGAAGAUCAUCAGAAAACCCCGGAGGCAAAAGAAACGCCAAAGAAUUUAAAUUCAACCCAAUUCUUAUCGGAAAAUCGACCAGAAAAGACAACUUCAGGGCAUAAUUUGACAGUUCAAGAUCACCUAACAGUCGACGUGCGACAUUCUCAGUCACCAAUUUCAUCAUCGCCCAUUCAGAGUCCAGAAAGCCAUCAAGCCGAGCUCAUCAAUAGCCCUGGAUCUGUGGAAUCUCAUAAACAAGCAAGUCCAAUUCUUGAACGGAGUCAGAAGAGUGCUUACAAUAAUGGACAGGCUCUGAGUCAAGUCUCUCCUCAAGGUUUGCAACAGCCAGUUCAAGUUGAUCUUCAGAAGUCAGUGACUUAUCAAGGGAAUAAUCAAGAGAAGAACCCAUCGGCUGGGAGGAGAGUCCUCAGUCCAAUUCCAGACAACAGUCAGAAGAUUGGUCAAGAAAUUGCGGUACAUAACCAACAAAGGCAAGCCAGUCCUUUGACUAAUAAAAAAAUCUUCGCCCAGCCGACAAGUCCUGUAGCUCAGCCAAAGUUUCAACGACCGCCUCAACUUUCUACUGUAACUCCUUUUCAAGCGUAUCAUCAAGCGUCAGAGAAUCUUGCAAAGUCUUGUCAAGACUUGAAACAAACUUCUGAAGGUUUGAAAGUUGAGGAGUCACAGAAUAAGAGUCCAUUGGCUCAAAGGAAACUCCCUCCGGAAGUGUUGCCCAAGCCUCCAGUUGUUUCAAGAAAACCUGACGCUGAGAAUUCGUCAAUUGAAUCAAUUGAUCCCCAAGAACAUCAAGUCCAAUACUUGGAGCAACAAGAAAGCCAAGUCCAACAUCCUCGACCUUCCUUGGCCACUUUAGAAGCUAAACUUCAACACUUUGAAGAGAAAAUCCGUGAAGCCGAGAUCCCGAAGACUGCGACGAGGCCCGACGAUAUUCCUCGGGGCCGAAUCAACCUACAGGUCGGAGCCAACGACUCACCCAAGGCCCCAAGAUCCGUCUCUUUAGUUGCGGCCCUUUCUCGGAAACCCCCUCCGGCACAGAAUUAUUUGGGAGGAUUCAGAGGAACAGCAUCGGAUAAGAAGAGAUUCUUCGAGGUUCAAGCAGCUCGCCUUGCAUCCCCGCCGAGAAAAAUGGGAAAUCGAAGAAGCCGACCAAAAUCAGUGACGGGUUACGGUAGCAGAACUAUGGCCAAUACUCCCAUGUUUGACAGGGAUUACAGUAGUUAUUAUGAGUAUCGAUCCGAGAAUUCAACGCCUGUAAAGUGAGUAGGACACUCUUAAAAUCACUUUUAGCUAAUUUUGAGGACUUUGGGUUACUGUAACAUGAAAUUUUUAGUUAUUUCACUCCUCCAGGCAUCCAAAUACCCAAAAAUAAUCUCAGCCACUCCAUUACGGCGCCAGGUAUGUCCAUUAAUCCCAAUAAAUAACCUGCAAAUGACACAUCAUCCUUCAAAAAAAGAUAAUUCCCAUAUUUUGUCAGCUGUCUUCUUCUGAUCUUUUGACAAAUGAUUAUUUUAUUUUUUUGUAAAUUUAAUUAUAAACAUUUAGAGAGCAGUUCGAAUAUCUGGAAUGGAAAUAGUAAACAGACAAUGGAAGAGGUGGAGCAAUCCCUGAGAACGGAGGGAUACCAGGAGGUAAAGUUAUAUUACCGUUGCCGUUUUGGAAGGAAAGGUCGAUGUUUUGGAUAUCAUUUCGAGUCAUUUAUAUAUCACUUGUUGUUACAUAAGUCUAUUUCUGACCGAAUCCUUAAUUUCAGACCGUCGAGAAUUCCCAGAAUUCGAAAAAAAUAGCCCCGACACCUCCGCCGAAGCCAAAAUCACGCCCAAAUUCUUGUAUUGGCAUGCCCGUGAAUGAAAUGACCGCAACUCCCAUAAGUUAUCAUGUUCAGACAACUCAGACUGGGCUUGUCAACGACAAUAACAACAACAUUCAGGGGGAAAAUAAAACUGAAAUAAAUGGAAAUAUUGCUGAUAAGGAGAAGAAAGAAGUGAUCGUAACAAACAGAUCCGUCGAAGUUGAGCCAGUCGAACAGAAACCAGUGCUAAGCAGAGUUCAGACGCCCGUGAGAGAGUGGAGCACAAUAACGGCAGUAAGGAAGGAGGUAAGGGGAUCAGUUAUAUUUUUUAUGGUCGGAUAGGUAGUACAAUAUAAAAUUUAUAGCGGAAAUUGACUCUGAGUAAGUAAUAAUACUAAUAAUGACAUUUAAGCGUAGUGUAUUGCAAAUUUGACAACACUAAAGUCAAGAAGAAGUAAUUUCUUAUAUUAUCCAUGUUCAUCUCCCACUUCCAGAUUCCAAUUCUCGCCCAGCCUUACUCCCCACCUCCUCAGAUGCCGAGAUUUGAUUCUCCAGAACCCCGAGUAUCUAAUAAUUCGAAUGUUGACCAAAUUCGGUGAGUUCUCUUCUUCUCAUUUGUAAAUUAUAAUAAUAAGAAAGGAACGGUCUUUUAUCAGCAAAGCCAAAAAGAUAUACUUCUGAUAGGGUCUUUAUUAUAAUUUUCCGGGAGUUUCUGGGACUUUAUAAGACUCGAUUUGAUAUUUAAGUGGUUUAAAAUACGGUUAGAUCAUGAAUUUUGAAAGUGAUUUCGGAUUUGAUGACAGGUAAUAAAUAGUAAAUUUAAUGGUAAUAUAAGUUUUUUUUAAAUUUAGAUACCCUUUAUGCCAAAUAUAUUAUUUUCAGCCCAUUGUCUCCCUCUCAGCCAUCUCUUCCAUCGCCGAAUGCCUCUUCGGACACCGGAUUUGCCUCAAAUCUCUCAACUCCGCAAGUAAAACCUGAAAAAAAAGUGACACCCUUGGCACCCCAAGAUACCAACGAGUCCUCAAAAAGCUCUGUAGACUCUGCAGUCCCUCCUAUUAACACUUUGGAGCUGAUUACAAAGAAUGGAUACGCCGCUUCUUGUGAGGAGACCGAAGAAGAAGGGAUCUCACCGAUGAGGAAUGUGGAUGACCCCAAUUGGUACAAGGACAUGUUCAAGAAAAUGCAUGUAAUUGAUGGAAAUGGUGAGUGCAGAGGGCCGGGAUACUGUAAUUUAUGGGAAAAUAAAGAAAUGAUGAAUUUUCAAAUUUUGAAUCGGAAAAAUCAAAAGAUUUAUUUAAAAAAAUGCGUUUUCGUUGAAAAAACAUUUGCGUUACAGUAAAAAAAGUAGCCUUAAACAAAUCUCAAAGCGUUGGCGAGGUAUGUCAAAACAAAAAGUCUCACAUUUCCGCUUUAAAAACGUCACGGUGACCUAUUUUUUUAGAAAAAAUUUUAAAAUAGGUAUCACUUCUUUCGUUUGCUUUUUUUUAUUUUUUACCUCAAAACUGGAAUGUCUGUAAAACGCAAAUACAUUAUUUACGACCCCUUGCUCUUAUUCUUGCAGAUCGUAGCCUAAGGAAACGUGACUUUUUGAACUUUUUUUUGCAUUAUGACGUCAUCACAAAAUCAACCACAUAAGCGUAUAAUACCCUCAAAACUCGCCUCAAACCUCCCGCAGUUAAAAAUUAAUAGUUUUACAAGAUUGUAAACCAACCUUUUAUCGCAUUGACCCGAUUACUUUUACUAUUUUUACAGCUUUUAUUUACUGUGCUUUCCAUUUUUUAUAAAAUAUUAUAAUUUAUUUUUAAAUGACCAAAGAUGGAAAUGAAAUGGUCCCGGAAAUUCUUUUUCAGAAACAAAAAUUGUUUUAAACCCCCGAGGGCAUAUAUGAUUGACAGAUUAAAAUGGGGAUUUUUUUAUGGAUGUGACCCAUCUUUCGGGAUUUAUUUUAAUUUCGUAUUGGUCUAAAAAGGACGAAGUUACGAAGGAUUUACAUGUAGAUAGGAUGAGUGAUUAUAACUGUAAUUAUGAGGAUGAUGAUGGUAAGAAAUUUUGCAUUUUUCGAAAGAAAAUAAGUAAACUUUUUAAAUUUUUUCCAACUAAAAACCAAAUUUUGCAUCUUCAACUUAACGUCACCGGACGGCAAAUUACUCGAUUUUGGAGCUAAUUUCAAAACAUUAAAGUCACCGUAAAGUACUUUUAACUCGAUUGGAAUCUGUCCUAACAUUUGAUCAGCGUGAUAUCAUGACUUGAACUCUGAAAGGUGACUGGAAAUUAGAUUUCGUUUUGCAUGAAUUGGUGCACUGUGCAGAGGAUGACCGGGUCGUUGUCUUUUUUUUUUGUUUUUCACAAUGCAAUGAAUAGAGGUCUUUCUUGACGCCCCUCGCACGGUGCAAGGUGUUUGAUGUUUUGAUUUUGCACCGUGCAGUAAACAGCAAACGUUUUUUUCUUUGCACAGUGCGGAGGGAAAACGGUUUCUGACAUCGUGCACUGUGCAGUGAAUGGUCAAAGUUGUCCUUAUGACUGCAGUGUUACUAUAAAUAGUUCUAAAAAUUUUUGCUGGAUUAAUUUUGCAACUUUGCCGGCCUCUUCUAAAGCCUUUCUGGAAUCACUUUCAGAUCGUUUCACGGUCGCUGACUCUUCUUUUUUCCCCUCCUUCACGUUCUAAGAGAUCGCAGAAAGAACAAACAAAGAAUUUCCCUCCGAAUCUGUUCCCUCCCCUCUCCGCGCACCCUCUCUUCACCUGUCUGAUCUCUCUUUAUCUCGUUUUAUCCCUCGGAUCUGGCUGAUCUCGAAGUUGCGGGGCCAAGUCGCCUUGUUUCCGCCAAAUCUUUUUUUAAAACCCUCCAAAGUGCGUGAGACAAAGCGACGGGAGUGACAUGAUACAGCCUGAAGAGAGCGGGGGAUCUCUUAUUAAAUUAUUAUAUUAUCCAUUCCGUUUUAUACGACAUCUGUAGAGCGAAAAGGGUAGUUCGAAAGAAAUAAAUUUUUUAUUUCUUUCAAAUUCUGGGUUUUUUGGAUUCUGCAAGAUUUUAAGAGGUUCCAGACGAGAUUCUUAUGUUAUUCUGCGCUUAUUGUUCCCUUAAAAUCCCGAGUUUGGAGGUAUUUUUUCAAACAGUGCUGUGGAAUUUACUUACUUGGCCUUCAAAUUGAGUUUCGAAUAUUAGUUUAGGCUAAAAAUUGAGAAGGGAACUUCUCCAAAGACGCACCCAUUUUCUUCAAAAUUUACAGAAAUGGUGUAAAUAGGCCACAAAUCAAUUCUUGAAAUUUUAAUCUUUUUCUUUGCAAGGAGAGCCAAGAUAUACAACAAAAAUUUUUGGCGAAAGUUCAUGAAAAAUGAUGAGAAACGGCAGAGAAAAAAUAUUUUUUUUUGUUCUUACUUCUUUCUUUAAUUUUUUGGCGGCUUUAUUUCGUAUAGACUUUAAUUUUUUCAAAUUAAAAUUUCAAAUAAAAAAUUUGCAUUCCAAUAAAAAUUUGUUGGUGAUUUCAAUUUCGGGCCAAAAAUCGUAAGUUGCUCCAAGAAAAUUUCAAUUUUUACUUUUGAAAAAUUUGAAUUUUUUUUGUCUGGUAUAUUAUAUAACACCUGUAAUCCCAUACCUGAAAUCUCCAAGAAUUUAAUACCCGAAACUUUUUGGAAUAUUUAUACUUCCUCCGGCUUUGUUUGCUUACUUUUAUCCUUUUUUGGCUCGCCGGAAAGGUUUUAUUCCCAUAAAAAGAUUACUGAUAAUGCUUGAAAGGUUCAACUUCCCCCUACUAUCUGUUAUUGUUUGUAAAUAUUAACAAUCUUCUCAUCUAUUUGCAAGAGAACACUUCCAAGUGCGCCGCUCAGAUUUCCUUUACAUUUUUCAUACAGUUCGGGCAUAGGCCGCGUAGUAAUUCUUGAAAGUUUUAGCUCACGCUUUGCAGGCUCAGCAGAUAUAUUUAACGAUUUUUGCCGCCGAGAGAGGACGCGAAACGUGGAUAGCGGCCGGAGAAAAACACUUUUAGGCCAUGUCUUUGCCAGUUUCGUACGGAAAUUUUUUUUGUGGAAACAAUGCCCUCUCUGGUACAAUUAGACAUGAUAGUUUUAAUACCAAAAUUCACGAAGAAGUGCCGCAUUUUUGCCGAGUUUGGAUCUAAAAAUCUCUGUUUGUUUCUGCAAAGUGCGAGUCCCGUAAAUUAAUCUAAAUUUGUCCCCAGUAUCAUCAAAAUCUGAGCGUCGCACUUGUUGUAUUUUCUUUAAUUGCAUUCUUCUCGUUUCUUGGAGAAAAUUCAAAACUUUUUCGCAAAAAAAAAUAAACGAAAAAGGCUUGGCCAAGCCCCUUGGAUGGCCACGUUCCCUUCUCCAGAAGCCUUUUUAUUCAUAUUUUGGAGGGAAAAGGUCAAAACAUAUGUUCGAGGACCUUCUUCAGCUAAUUGCCCCAAUUUAUGGCAAUAAUAAUAUCAAAGAUCUUAGGAUUUUAAUAAAAAAAAUAAUUUAUUGCUUUAAUUCAUAAUUUUUAUGACAUUCCAAGGUUUUUCAAGAAAUGCCCGCAGGGGAUUUCCUAUGAAUAUGUUGCUAAUUGCCCUAUUUUUGCCGUAAAUUCCUUAGGAAGUAGAGGUUUUUCCAAAAUUAUAUUAUUUAUUUUAGUCAUCGCUUUUGAGGUUUGGGCCAAAAAAGUAUUUAAUUCUGGCAAAAUUAAUCGUUUCAGAGGGCCGGUCAAUCCUCUCGGAGCGUCUUCAGCGUGAUCAACACCUUGCUCCGGUCCGUUCACCUCUAAUUCCAGUCCAAUCCAACCAAUUCGCCCAUUCAACCGAGGAUUUGGGCGGAUUCGAAGCCGAUCCCCCUCGAAUUAGAGCCCUAGAUCAAGUGAGGAGUCCGACCGACGACUUCUUUGCCCAAUCAACCCAAGAUUAUACCAGACCUCAAGACCUCCAAGUCCAAGAUCAUCUCCAAAAAGGCGAAGAAUACCUGCAGCAAGUGCAGGAUCAGCUGGAAGAGGAGAUGAAUGGCCGGAAUAGCCGGUCCCAGAGUGUGCCUAGACGCUAUGAUCCCGUCGCGGAUAUGGAGAUCGUGGAUCGAGCAUAUCAGACGAGGAAAAGAUCGGGAAUUGGGAAUGGGGGGAGGUUUUACUCGAGUCAGCAGUUGAAUGGAGACGAUGCAAGGCUCAGCCCCUUUGAUGAGAGCUACGGUAAGACUUUUUAAGGAACUUUUUUAGUUACUAAUCUCGAGCUUACAACUAGAAAAUCGGGUGCUUAGACAUUUCUUUAUCUUAUUUUGUUUUAUGUUAGCUAACUUAACGAUUUGAUUUAUUAAUCCAAAUGUAGCCCUUGUAAUCAUGGUUUAGGACUAUUUUUUGAACUUAGAUUUACCUUGAGUACUAGUAACAACCCUUUAACAAACUUCUGGCGAGUCCUUAACCAUUUGCAGAAGAGAUUUACAAGAACGCCGGGGCGAUUGCUCGGCUAGCCACCACUCCCAACAUCUCGGUCCGUCGCUCCUCGCCCUCUUCUUCCGUCUGCUGUCUCUCCCCUCCUCCCAAAGUCCCUCCAUCCCAUUUUCAUUUACCUGCUCACCGCCUGAGACUUUAUUCCGAGGAUCGGCCCAAAAGUGCCUCAGGCUACAAUCGAUCAGUCCGCAGUCCAGAAGUCAGUUGGUUGGAGGUGGAGGAGUUCAGCGAGAGGCUGGGGAAACCUGCAACAAAGCUGCGAUGGAAACAAAGAUCGCUGGAGAGUGUGGCGGAUCAAGUUGUUCAACAUCAGAUAGAGGAUAAACUGGAUAAAGCUUCGAAAGACCUGGACAAACUGCUCAAUGAUCUUCAGAACCAGCAUCUCAAGGCACUCAGGGCUGAUUCCGGGGCUUUUUGUUCGAGCAGAUCCACAAGUUCUAAUGAAUUCACAGGUACUAACAUUGCCGUGAUAUUAGACUUGAUAUAACAGAUAUUGUUGAUAAAAUUAAAUUACAAGUACUGUAUUUUAGGAUUUCUUCAAAACGGAACUGCUACUUUGUCCAAGGGAGCCCGCGAAUUGAAGAGACUGCAGAAAGAAGAGAUGCUCAGCAGACAGAGAGCUGGAAAAUUGACUUCGGAAUUGGACGAUCAGAGGUCCAGAAGACACGGAUACAUGUGAGAUCGCUAAAAAUAUUAUUUUUUAUAUCAUCUAUGAUUGAAUAAUCUGACUAUUUUUUAGUCCAAACGUCUCCCCCGCCCUCCAAAACAACUACAAUCGUCUGGAUCAGCUGCUGGUCGACUUCGAUCAGCCUCGGCGACCAGCAACUUCUUUAAGUGCCCCGCAACAAAGAUUGAUGCACUCAGCCUCGGCUCAUUCGUUGAAUCGACGACCGGCCACCAGUAAUGUAAUCACUUGCACCGCGCUCUACAAAUUUGUUGCUCAACACCCGAGGUAAGACUCGAAGCAUCACGUAUGAUUUCGAUGCCCAUUACAAUAUAAUUUCAAUCUAAAUCUGUAAAAAAUGAAAUGCUUAGGGUUCCUCCAAAUUUUGCAAGUGAUGUUGGCCGGUUAUAAAUUCCCAGAACUGUUAGCUUUUGCACCCAAAUGUCAGCCGAGAAAUUCAAAAAAAAACCUUCUCUAAUGUCAUCAAUUUAAUCUUCAGAGAAUUAUCGUUGAAUCGAGGUGACGUUGUCCGAGUCCAUCGAGAAGUGGACGAUCAUUGGUUGGAAGGAGAGAGAAAUGGACAUAUUGGGAUAUUCCCGGCCUCCUAUGUCCAGGUAGGCAUUAUCCUUGACCUCUGACCUUGCUUUAGAUGGAAUCUGACCCCACAACCAGCGGGAGGAAUCGAGUUCGUGCUGUUUAUCCGUUCCAAGCCAGGAAUCCCAACGAACUUUCGCUGAAAGCGGUGAGAUUUAACAAAAAAAUAUCAAAUCUCAUCAAAAUUUGAUACUUUUACAUAAAAUUUUGUCGUAUUUUAGGGUGAAAUCCUCAAACUCCGCCGAGAAAUCGACGCAAAUUGGGUGGAAGGCCACAAUUCGCAUGGAGCCAUCGGAAUUUUCCCGCGGUCUUAUGUCCGCGACCUUGAUUUGGACGAUUCCGACUUCUCAUCGGGCUCUGGAGGGAUCCCAGAUCGACCGAAAACACCUAAAAUCCCCUUCUCCAGCAGCAACAACACCUUCAGCAGGUCAGUUUACAUCGUAAUAUCAUCUAUUUUUCACAAAAAAAUAUUAUUUUUGCAAAAAAACUUGAUAUUUUAUGCGGAAUAUACGUAAAAAGCCGCUUUAUUACGUAAUAUUCGGCCUGUGAAUGAGUCAACUGAGCAGAGAUUUGAAUAAUUACAUCUUCCCUGUGACUUUUCCCUCCGUUUUUGUACGAAAUUUGACGUUUUCCUCCAUUUAUUUUGGGAAAACCUGUUUUUUGUCGUCGAAUUUGCAUAAUUGGUGUGAAUCCAGCCUCCACCUGUUCGGAAAAUGGCUUUAAAAGUUCGAGCCCAGCGCCGAAAAUGCCUGUUUACAGGCCUCGGACUAUGAAUAAUAUCGCGGGAUUGUCUGAAUCAGCCUUUUUUAAAUACCUUAGGAGCUGAGUAAUUGGCCAUUUUUAAAGUUUAUGUUUAUUUAAUGAUCUGUGGAAGAAAACAGUGACUUUACAGUUCGAAAGUCCUCUUAUGACUACCGCUUUACAGUGUUUGUUUAUUUGGAUCACGGGGGAUUGUGUUAUAAAAACUGGGACCAGCUGACUUCUGCUUAUUUAUGGGCAUUUUAAUGGGGCAGGGUAAUAUGAUUGAUGGCUUUAUUCAAUAUGCUGCUUGGAUAUUAUAAAUGGAGCAAAGGGUCAGAACAAAGACCGUCGAGGAUUAUUUUAUAAUCAAAUCCCAGAAAUUUUGUCACGGUGACACUUUUAAUUUACAAAAUUGGUGGCUAAAUUGUGAGUCUGAAGUAUUAUGAUGGCUACAAAAAGUCUUAAAAAAAUUUGGGCGGUCAGAUUUCCUCGUAGAUCAGUGUUUGCUUACGGUCAUCAUAUUUAUUCCUGGCGGAUAAUAAUACUAAUUAAAAUGGGUGUGUUCUCUUAAGGCACAGUGAUUACACAUGUCCGCUUCCCUCCCCGACGAUUGUCAAUCAUCUGAGUGAUUUCUGGCCCUCUUUUCCCAAACUUUUCAACAUUAUCCAUCAUUUCUUUGAUCUGUUUACUUCCAUUCAAUCCCUUUGAUCCGGCAAUUAAUGAGAGGGUUUAUUAAUCGCCUCAGGUCAUGUGCUUCUAUUUCCUGAGAGAAAUAACGUAGUUCUGGGCGAGAAUAGCACUUUUUAUUUAUUUAUAUUGUAGUAGGGAAACGUUGAUGAUUGCGGGCGAAAGACAAGAGAAUUCGAUUCCAAAUCGACUUUUGAUGCAGUAUCUGAUUACAAAUGCAUAUUAAAGUCCGAGGUUCAAAAAGCCAGAGCGCAAGCAAGGAUUGUUAUCGUUGCGGGACCCUGCGCGGCUGGCCUCUCUCGCUAAAAAAUAAAAAAAAUUUUUAUUUGUUGUUUGUAAUGGAUCAUGUAAGGUGAAAGAUGAAUGAAGAUCGCUGAAAAAGGUAUGUUUUUUGUGUUUUCUGAUUUAGGGCAGCUCGGCAAAAAUUUGAACGACAGCUGAUCCAAGAUUUUUUGUGUUUUGGGCGAAUGCAGGUAAUUUUGGACAUUCCGAAGCAUGAAAAUGGGUGUAGCUUUCCAAAGAACCAUCCAGGAGUGAUGUUGAUCGAGUUUUUGCCAAGUUAGAGUCAAUCCCUUCAACAAACUACCUAGUAUAAUAUAAUUUUUUCCAGGAUUUUGAAUUGGAAUGCAGCCAGACGGCUAAAUUUCACCGCAAGGACUCGUUGAAGCCAGAAGAAGAGACGACACCAUUCAAAUUCCAUGUGGAGUGGCUUUUUCCGAAGCUGAUGUUCACAUCGAAAAGGUGAGUCUUUCUUGGUUUUCACCUUUUAGGUAGGGAAAUCCAUUGCUCCUUGAGCAAGGCAAUAGGUAUAGCCUCCCAAUCAUUCUAUCUAGAAUGCGGUUGCUUCAUCUUGCGCCACAUCAGACCCAAUGUUUCUCGUGUAAUAUAAUUUUUACAGGAAAACCGGCCCAUUCGCCUCCCAUGCCCGCCGGCCUCAUCUAAAGAGCUCAGUAAAGACAGGUUCAACAAUAUCCAGGUCAACGGUAUAUUUUAUGAUUAAUAUCAAAACAUUUGGUGUGUUUUUACAAUAAUAAAUUCGGUUCUCCUCAGUGUUUGCCAUCGAUGAGAGCUUCUUUAUCGCCCAUAUACUGUCCCAGACGUUUCGCAUCGUCGAAGCUUCGCGGUCGGGGAGCGUUUUCACCUGUAAAAAUUAUAUUACACUGGAAACAACAGUGGGCAUGAUGUGGCGCAAUAUGAAGCAACCGUAUUCCAGAUAGCAUGUUUGGGAAGCUAAACCCAUUGCCUUGCUCAAGGAGCAAUGGAUUUCCCGACCUAAAAGGUGAAAACCAAGAAAAACUCACCUUUUCGAUGUUGACAUCAGCUUCGGAAAAAGCCAUUCCACAUGGAAUUUGAAUGGUGUCGUCUCUUCUUCUGGCUUCAGCGAGUCCUUGCGGUGAAAUUUAGCCGUCUGGCUGCAUUCCAAUUCAAAUUCCUGGAAAAAAUUAUAUUAUACUAG